AGUAUUAAUCUGUUGUUAAUUUGUAAAAGACUUGAUCAUGCGAAGAGGUUCGUGGAGAAUGCAUCAGGAAAUGCCAUUUGAAGGUACUCUGCAUCCCGGACACUCUGCUGAUCUGGCGGAUGCCAGGAAACGGGGAAUCCUGCAAAAGACCCGUUGUCGGCCGUACCGGGAGCAGUUGAGGAGCGCUCAACAAGCAAAUAUCAUGCAGGGUCUGAUGAUUGUGACGGGUGCUGCGACAGUGUUGGGAGUGCUGUGGUUCCACUGCUUGGAGCUGACCUUGGACAAUGAUCUGACCCAGGUGUCAGUGGCAGGAGGUACGCUGCAAUCUCUGUGGCUCGGCAUGCUCGGUCUGUUUGGAGUGAGCGGAAAGCCGGGAGCUUCUCGAGAGGAAACAGCUCGUGCCUUCUACUGCAAUCAAGAGUUGGACACGAAGCGAAUCUUUCGACAGAUUUCCAGGCAGGUGCUAAACCAGGAGCACGCUCUGGCACGCUUAGAGCGAGUCGUGAAAAGUCCUAGAAAUUUUAAAUCUGUCGCCUUACUCGGUCCACCCGGCGUAGGGAAAACUCUGACGACAAUGGGACUCAGGCAGCAGUUUCCCUGGCAGGAGAAUGUCCACACGUAUUCGUGGAGUACCUAUGUGCCAGAUGGAGUCCACAAGUUCCACAUGAUACGCAACUUUGUGGAGCAUCUGUCCGACUGCGGACAGAAUCUGAUAAUCAUUGACAAUCUGUCCACCUGUGAUUACGGCAUUGUGCCCAUCUACAACAAGUUGUUGCUGGAACGGGAAGGAGACCUCAAUGCGGCAGUUAACCAGACUGUGCUCGUCGUGUACAUCUUCAAUCUGGAGAUGGAAUACUACUGGCAACAGUUUGAGCUACUGCAGCAACUCCCCGUGGACAUGACCAUCAUCAACUAUCGACCCUUUGGACGUGAAGAGCUGGCCGAUUGCCUGCAACAAGAGCUGCGUCUCGAGCAACGUACUCUGGAUCAGGGAAAAACCUCUCAGAUCCUGGAACAGGCCCUCCUCAAUGUCCAGUGCACAGGCUGCAAGGGAUUGCGGCAAGCAGUCCUUCAAUAUGGUGCACCGGAUUCUAAUCUGUGAAGUCUCUUCCUAGUGCUUGUAUUACAAAUCGACAAAGUGUGUAAAUUAAUAAAAGUACUCUACGGAAUGUAGAGUGAAGUGUAUCAGAUAUUAA